GGAGGGAACACACUGUUUUCAUCUCUGUGUGUGUGUGUGUGCAGGUUGUCUUCUCCGUCCUGCUUCAGCGACCUACAGGGUCGCUGCCAGACAGCAGAAGAGGAGCAGGAGACAACCUCGGGUUCGUCAGCAGGGAUAUACCAGACGGACGCUUUAGCUUACCUACGUGGAACCAGACCGCCAUCAAAACAGAGGCCUGACAGCGUUGUCCUGAAUACAAGCAGUGAAUGCGAUCUGGCUGAUUGUGCGAGUCUGGCCGAGGAGGUCUCCUGUCCUUCUCACCUCCCCAGCGCCUCAGAGCCGGCAGUCAACACGUCUUGUGUGUCCCAGAGGAUACUGAGUUCAGAGACAGACAGUGGAUUUGGAAGCUCCUACCUGAACCAGUCAGCCUCUGAAACAUUUCACCCAAAUGUCCUCACAGGAAGUGUUCACUCCAAGUCUGACGAUCUAAGCAACUCAGACAGCGAAGCUUCCUGCUCCAACCUGGAGACGGCUAUCCAUGCGGUCGCUGAGCCCACCCGCUCAUCUAACCGAACGCUCCACCGUGAAGCAGCGCCAGCCGCAUUGGACCUGUGGGUGGAGAGCACCGCCAAGGAGCCGUCAGUCAGGCCGCAGCGAACUGACCGAAUACCUCCUGCCCAGCUCCUCACCCUCAGCGCCACCAUGGACGCCGUAGACAGCGGCGGUCCUCUGAACUCCUGUUCUUGUAACAGCGAGGCCAUCCUGGCCUUGCAGACCGAGGUAUCAAAGUUAAAGAAGGAGCUGGAGCAGGGCUUAGUCCAGCUGCCCCAUUUAGCACAGAGGAUGGACUUCCUCACUUCCAUUUACAGACAAGAAGAUUCAGAUCAUGGGUCUAGAAACCGAACUUCCCAAACACCAGCUUCAAAGCGUGUAGAGAAGUCAAGCAGCAGAGGCAGGAUCAACCUCACACCCGGUCUAUUGAGGAUAGAGGACUGGAUUUCCUCUGACAUGGAACCAAGCAAGACACGAGACAGCGGUGGUGGAAGCUGCUCUGAGAUCAUGUCGCAGAUCCCCGAUUCACCCGUGGGCAGUGUACGUUCUGAGCCUCAAGAUAAACUUCAGCACAACACUCCAUCAAACAAAGGAAUGCAGGGAGCCUCCAGUUUGAAAGGACAGAAUGAGCACCGUGUGAAACAAAGGCCCCAAGCCCUCAGGAGCUUUAAUUUCAAGGAGAGGUGGUCUCCUUCUCUCCAGAAGCCCCUCCUUCAGGUCAGCUAUGGCUCCUCCUGCAGCCUGCCAGCCAGCUAUAAAGUGAGAGAGCCUGAGCUGCAGUCCACAUUCAGUCACAGAAAACGCUCCACUCAGUCCGACACCACACUCCUGCCCAGCAACAUGUAUUUUCAGCAGCCAGUCCCUCCAGUUCCUGUCCCUCUCAGAGGGACCAGGAGACGCAGAGGCAAAAAGGAGGAAGACAUGAACAGGACUCUGGACCAGGCCAUUGAGGUUGCCCGCAUCAUGAAAAGGACUACGGAUCGAAUGGCCUGGAGACUUUCUGUUGAUUUAGCCAAAGCACAGCUGAACAAGAAACCUUACAAUACACAACCACUAGGGGGCAGAAAGCACCACACUUUCUAAACAUCAUCAUCAUUUUGUCUGAAAUACAAGUAUGGAAACCCAUAAGCGCCACAAUUCAGUAAAUAGUUAAGACAUUAAAUAAAUAUGUAUGUGUAGGAUACUAUUAAUUUAACUGAUAACAACUGUAACUAUAUUGUCAUUUGUCAGCCUUAUCCAUCAAAGUCAGUGUGCAGAGCUAACAUUGUAAACAAGGUGAUUGGCCUUAAGUUAAACUACAGGUUAACCAAUCAAAUGUUAUUGUGCAUCUAAUGAGCCAUGGUCAAUGGUUAAUUUCUGAAAAAAAAAUGCAUUCUAUUAUUUAUUUAUUUCAAUUACAAGAUUUAAUACAGAUUUUAAGACUAUUUAUGUAUUAAAUAUAUUUAUCACAGCUUUACUGUCAGUCACAUGUAUAAACAUUGAUGUAACAUAUGUUAUAGAUUGUGAUACUUGAUGCAUAAGAGUCCUCUAACAUGCAUUUAAAAAACUGCCUUGAUAUGUUUUGCAAAAAAAUACAUUUUCACAGCUUAUGUUCAUAAAUGUCAGAAAAGGCGGAAAUCUUUCAAUUUACACAUUUCUGAGGGAAACUGAUUUUUUUGUAUGGAAGUUUCUUUAUUUGGAAAUCCUUUUUAUGCAGUGUUGAUUGCUCAAAAUAUUUAUUUAUUGAUCUAUAUGCUAUGCAGUGUGUAAAAUUUGUCCACAUGGAGGCAUAUUGCAGUUUACAGCAACUAAAGGAUUUUGUUACAAUGGCAACCAAUAAAUCUAAACUUUAUAUUGUGACAUUGGUCCAUUAUCAGUUGUGUUGAGUUACCUAAAACUUUAAAAGGGUUAUAUUUCUCCUGCUUGCAUAACAUCAGUUACUGGAGACACACAAGCAGCCGUGGGCAGAAGAUAUAGUUCAAUCUAAUUAAAUCUGGGUCAUAUUGCUAAUAUUGUGUUUCAGGAGUAAAAAAAAAAUCUGCCUUUACCAUGAGUGCAUAUCAGCUGCUGCUCUUUUAGCAAAUGUGUGCAUUAAAAGUCGCUAAUGCCCAUCGCUGCCGGCCUCUGGGUGCUACCGGCUCAGUGUCUUCUUUCCAAGUUUCAAUUGAGUGACCCUGUUUUUGUCACUGCCAAAGCCUGCUGGUCGUCAUCUACAGCACGGUGUUCAGUUUCUCUGCUGUUCUACAAAAAGGCAUCGGCAAAGAAAAGAAACAACAACAGCAUUCCUAAACUAUCUGUUCAAAUUGUUCCAGGAGCAGGUUCGUGUCCAUGUUCAUUAACCUGCAGGCGAUCAGCAGAGAAACAGGGCUGUUCAUUUGUUAGAAUUGGUAUGAA